AUGUGGAGAGAGCGACGGGGGAUUCCCUGUCAGCUGCUCAGCAGGCGGCUCCCUCACACAGACCCGAACACUGCCAAGCGAGUGUCAGAAGCAAACUCAAUCCUGCAGACCCUUGACAUCAUCCGCUUCCGGGAGCACCUGGCGCGCGAAUCUGAGCAGAAGCUGCGCACCAGCUACCCCGAGCUCCUGCAGAUGUGUAAGGACAGCGGUGCAGCGCAGUCUGACGCAGAGGCGGAACGCAUCUGUGAGGCGCUGAGAGCGGCGGGCAUCGUGCUCAAAGUGGGCGACUUGGUCUAUCUUCGGCCGCAGGAGGUCACCGCCAUGGUCAUGCGGGCGCUGCCGGACACAGAGGCGGAGGUGCUGGGGCGGCUGCGCGAGCUGGAAGCUGAGCUGGCGCCCCUGGCAGCGCAGAAACACAAAAUCGACACGCGCGCUCGACGGCGGACAAACGGCGUGUUGUGGGCUGGCCUGGCGCUGCUUCUGGUGCAGUGGGGCCUGUUUUUGCGGCUGACUUUCUGGGAGCUGUCCUGGGACGUCAUGGAGCCCAUUUCGUAUUUCUUCAGUUCCCUCUGGGGCAUCGUCGCCUACUGCUACUUCCUGGUGACUAAGGAAGAUUUCGCCUUCCGGCACAGCUACAGCAAAAUGAACCAGACCUUCCAGGUUGGCGGGGAGCGGGACCAUGGCUUUGACAGGGCACGCUACGAACAGGUGCUGCAGGACAUCAGGCGGUACAGAGGGUAUCUGCGCAGCGCCACAGACAAGCCCGGUCUCGAUGCAGAUGAGAACGCCUCAGAGACUGAAGCUCAGCCCGAAGAGGUCACACAGGCGUGGAAGGGGGAGCUCGCAAGAUAG